AUGAGCUUCCCAAGUUAUCCCACUCAAGAAUUUAACAGUCGUGGAGACGACACUGACUCCAGCACUGAGUCUCUUAGCAAUGAUGACGAGGAGACAAAUGUGAGCGACGUGCCACCAGUUUCACAGCUAUUAGAGGAGGUUGUUGAGGCCCUCAGCAAAGGAAAGAACGAGGAAUGGGUCACACUAUUUCUCGAGAGUACAGAUUUUACUCGUUAUGAGCAGUUCGAAGAUUACAAGCGCGGCGGCAAGCCCAUUGGAAACCUGAUUGAACUCCUCACGAGGAUAACCGACGAGGGAAACAGCAAAAAUCCAACCGCGUUACACUUACUUGCAACAGGAGAUUUGAACGGAAAGCUGAAAUUAGAGAAGAAGAAGCUAUCGCAAUUGGUUGGAUUUUUAGUGAGGAAUCCUAGAAAUCUGCUUAAAGUGAAGGAUAAUGCUGGAUCUACUCCAUUGCACGAUGCCAUUAAAAAUAAAAAAGGCGAUCUGGUCGAUUGCAUUCGCCAGGCAUGCCCUCCUGGAUAUAUGGACGAAAUUCUCUCGAUAAAAAACGACAAGACGAAGAAUUGUCUCCAUGUAGCUGUCGAGAAUGAAGUGCCAUUUCUUCUGUCGCUUGUGGAGCAGGCAGGGCCUAAGACUCUGAGUGCCAGAGACGAUAAAGGCAAUACGCCGCUACAUCUCGCUGUGGAAUACCGACGUUGCAAACCUAAUCAGUUGCAAGUGAUACAAAAAAUAAUCGAGAAGUGCGACUCAGAAAUGCAGGAAACCGAGGGCUCAGAUAAGUUCAGUGAAAACCCCAUGUACAACAAUAUCAAAAUGUCACCUUAUUCUUAUCAUGUGUUCACUACUCUCAACUAUCGAGAAGAGAAGGCAAAAAAGGCCCUCGACAAUGGCAGCAGUUCCACAUCUGGCCAUGAUAAGAAGGGCUCAUUUAAAGGGAGCAAACCCAAAACCUUGACUGCUUCGCCUCCCAAGCUCAGAAGCGAUGCAGACUUUGUAGCAAAGCCUCUAGUUCGCUCCAAUACACAGAGACUUUUAAAGGGAGAGUUCUCAGCUGAAAGGGGGUUCGCCGCUACAGAAUCAUUAAACGUCUCUUGGAAACAUCCUGAAGUAAAUGAAGCCAAAGUGCCACAGGGAGAAGAAAUUUCGAAGUCAAAGUCUAAGUCAAAACGACCGAAAGACCAAGAGAGUCAAGCCCCCAAGAGAACGCCAACAUCUGUCGAAAAUGUAAAGACCUUCUUGAAACUACACUACCUGCGAACCCGUGGCCAUGAUGAUGCCUAUGCUAUAAUCCAUGGGAGACCCCCAAGAGUAGGAACUGACGUUCAAAUAUUUUUCGAUCUUGGGGUGUAUGAGAAAACGAAAAUCAAUAGCGACCAGCUUGAGAGUUUUUUCGAGAAUCAGAAGUUUGAUGACAUCCUCCAGCGAGUGUCAGUUCCUGCUAGUUUCACUCUUGUAGAAUCCGAAACUGCAGCCAAUAGUGGAAGGAUUCGAACCCCGGCUGCCCCAUCGAAAUCUUCAAGUAAAGGACUUUCUAAUCUUGAAUCCGUAUUCGGAUGGUUGCGAGAAAAAAUGAAAGUAAAAACAAUACUGAGUAUCAGCGUCAAAGAUCUGGAUAGUCCAGCUCAUAGUGACGAAAGCAUUGAAAAAGCACUGGUGGGGUUUGGUGUCGAGACAUGGGACUGGCAGAAAAUAGACAUUUCUACCGGCGUCAUAGAGACUGUGGCUCCAGAUGUACGAGUUGUACAUCUUUACUGGAGCGGCAACAAUGCUGUGCUUCGAGGUUGGGGCGAAGAGGGCGGACUUAAGCAGCUUAAGCACUUAGAAGCAGUGUAUAUCCACACACAACAGGAUUAUUUAAAUUCCUACAAUCGUACAAUAUCUGAUAUCGACUCAUUCAAAAAACGAAUGAAAACGUUGUGUGAUAAGGUCCAAAUAUUUACAGACGGACCAAAGGGGCCGCGUAAAAUUAUAAGCCCAGGCGCAAUGACAGCCAGUAAAGAUCCCCUGCCACCAUCACAGCACAAUUGGAUCGAAUGCAUGGAUAAAUUCGCACCGCUUGUUUUAGAGGCCGAAAACAACUUCCUGCUAGCUAACCCCGACAAGUCUACUGUAGUAUUAGAGGAGCCCAUUAGGGUAGCACUCAUCGAUGACGGCAUCGACAUUACUAGACUAAAGCAUAAGCAUAACGGAGGGCAAAGCUUUUGUACACGAGACCGAGAUGUCGUUCCUUAUUAUAUGUCUAGCUUUGGUCAUGGACCAGCAAUGGCAAGUCAAAUAUAUCGGAUCUGCCCAAGAGCUCAACUUUAUGUGCUGAAGCUGGAUGAUCAUCUGUACGGUGGCAAACGUCAGAUUACAGCUUUGAGUGCCGCGCAAGCCAUUCGUGAGGCAGUGGCCAAGAAGGUGCAUAUCAUAUCCAUGUCAUGGACUAUACCACCACCAGAUGACAGUACAACUAGAGAUCUUCUCCGGACAGCUAUCUCUGAAGCUCUCCGGGAGAAUAUUCUUAUGUUUUGUUCCGCCAGUGAUGGGGGGCCAGUCGAGGACAAAAGCUUUCCUUGGACUGCAGCCAAGGGCAAUAUAUUUCGGAUCGGAGCUGCUACCGAUAACGGUGUGGCCAGCUCUGACGUUGGCAAUCCUACAAAUUUAAGCUUCACGUUUCCGGGUGUCAACGUUGAGAGGAAGAAUGUGGACAAAAAGGUCGAAUACCAGACCGGCUCCUCUGUCGCUACUGCGCUCGCUACCGGACUUGCUGCCCUUGUGCUGUACUGUGUUCAGGUCAAAUUGCUCCGAACUGAGGACAGGGACAAGGGGAGAGUCAGGCAGUCGUUCAAGAGACUCAAAGAAUAUGACGGGAUGCUUAAGGCUUUCCAAGAUAAUAUUGGCACGACUCCGGAGAGCAAUAACAAGUACCUCAAGGUUUGGACCGUAUUUAAAAAAUACACCAAGAACAUGAAUGAGUCCCCGGAUGAAAUGAUUGAUCAGAUUGCCAAUCUCGGGGAUGAAUUAUGUAGGAACAUCUGA